AUGUGGGUGACGCAAAAAUAUUUAACAGAUGCAUGGAAACUGAGUUUUACUCAUGCUGCUGGAAUUUUGAACAUUUGUAGGGGACUUACUAUUAUAUUGCCGGUUGGGUCUAUCUUCCUCGUCGAUGCCUUUUUGGGAAAUUACAAAAUGCUUACGGUUUCCAGUAUAAUCUACAGUGUGCCCCCAGGCCCCCAAAACUCUGGCCUCUGUGUGUUUCGGUGCGAGCCCGUGUGUCUUCGGGUUGGAAGUCUCAGGAUUACGCUCACGAGCUCAGCAUUGGGGAGUUUUAUCUCAUUAGGUGGAAGUUCAACUCAAAUUAUGGGAAAACCAUCGAGAGAUAAAAGUUUACCCGAGCACCCGGACGAGCUGAAAUUGUUUUUCACAGAAGUCACAUUUGCUAAACCAAAAAGCAGUCGUAAUUCAAGCAUAGAAGCAUUUGCAGUUUGUGAAAAUUACUCUCCCCCUGAAGGUUUUAAUGAGAAAGAUCUGCAUCGACUCCUUGAAAAGAUUGGAAGUCCAUCUGGUGCAGAUGAUCUAGAUUGCAGUAGUGGGUGGUUAGAAGGUCCUAACAAUGUGCAUAUUCCAUUUUUGGCCUGCGGAUGCCUCAGCUGGUAUGACUCUGAUCAUUCAUAUCCACUUCCUGAAGUUGCAGAUGCAUCUUACCAGAGCUUAGAUCCUGUGCAACGUCCUAUUUUGCCACCUUACAAGCGAGCUCUGGAAAUGAAAAAAGCUUCAAGUCAUGGAGUCCGAGGUCUAGAAAAACUCUCCCUUGCUCCCUGA